AACAAUGGUUGACAACAACGGUGUUCUUGUGAAUGCAGUUGCUUUGGUGAAUGUGGAGGAUCCAUUUGGGGAGGAGUUAAAAAUGAGGACCCAGGGGUUGCAGACGGAGUCCCAAUUGUUGGAAUUCAUGGGAAGGUUGGAUGGAGAAUGGGCGAGCCAGAGGAAGAGAAGGAGGAUUGUGCAGGCUGGUGAUUUUGGCGACUUUUUGCCCAGAGGAUGGAAGAUCAUGCUUUCUCUCAAGAGAAGAGCAGGUCACGUGUGGAUAAUUUGUCGCCGUUACAUAAGCCCUGAUGGGCGACAGUUUGUGUCAUGCAAGGAAGUUUCUUCGUACUUGCUUUCUUGUUUUGGACUUCAAGAUCUAAGCAAUUUAGAAUCUAUUCAUACUGAUGCAAGCCUGCAGUUUUUGGGUAGAAUGGCGCCUGAAAAUGGUGUUGGUUCGGUCCCUCCAAGUGACAUGAAGGACAUGAAUGUUUCAAGUAAUUUGCAUUUUUCUAGCACAUCUGUAUCCACUGAUCUUGCAAAUCGGGCCACCCUAUCAUCAUCAAUUGGAAGUGAUGAGAAUGUCAAUCCAGAUCUGGCUUCUGGUACUAAACUAGGAAACAGCAUGGCUUGUGGAAUUUUUACUGACUUCAACCAUCAUAGAAGUUUGUUUAUUGAUGAGCAGCCUUUGAAGGCUGAUCACAAUGAUAAAACUGCAGCUCACGGAUGUUCUCCCGAGGAUGAUAAAGUCGGUAAUGAAGUUAAUGAGAAAUUGGAUGAGGCUAAAGAUGCUGCUUCCGGACCUGAUGCUCCUUUGGGUGCCAGAAAUUUCUCCAAUAAUAAGAGUAAUGGUAAUUGUGAACUCAUUGAUGAAAUAAAUGCUGUCAAAUGCAUGAAAAGUGGAAUUGGCAAUUUUGUUAGUCAAGAUGGAAAUGCCAGAUGCCCUGAAACUAUUUCUUGUGGAAAUGCACAGCCAUGUGUCUUCAGAAGCAGUGGAUUUGAGAUUCCUUUUAGAUUGAUGGAGGACCUUGGGGAGCAGAUAAAUUUUGGAAGUGGCAAGCUUCCUCCAAAUUUUGAAGAGAAAAGAUGUGCUACUGAUGGAUUGGAAGAUGUGAAUAUUAGACGUGGAAGUCCAUUCGAGAAUGACAGGUGGCUAACUAACUCAGGCAACUGUCACACAGAAACUGAUGUUUUGAGCAGUCUUAAACUUCCUGGUAGUUCAGAAGGCUUUUCAGCUGUCCAUUCUCAUAUUGAGCUAAAAGAUGUUUCCGUUAAUAGUAUGAACACAAUAGAUGGACUUGAUAUUGAUCCUAAUGUCAAAGUAAUUAAAGAUGUUAAUGAUGAUCUUGCUUCUCAUAAUGAGGACGUUGUGACAAGUUUUGCGCUGGAAAUGAGUUCCUCGAAGAAGCAAAGUUUCCGGCUGCCAAAUUGACAGUUCAUUUACCAGAAGCAUUGAAAUAAAUUUAGUCGUGCCAACUGGUGGUGAUGAGCCCCAUUCUGCUUUUAAUAAUAAUUCAAAUAUUGUCUUCUCUGGCACUUUAGAUACCCUUACAACUGCUGAAGAGGUCUGCAAAAACCCUCAGUUAGACAUUGUGUCUGGCAACAAUGAUGCUGCAGUAGAUGCAUGUAGUACCGCAAGCAUUGUAAUCGGAAGAUCCGAUGGUUGUGUAUCUAAUCCUUUGAGCAGCAGUGUUCAAAAUAAAUUUGAGGAGCAAGCUCAUGAUGGAGUGGAUAAUGCUGAUAAAUUUUGCUUAACGAAGGUGGCUAAGGGUGACCAAGUUGAAAUAUGUGAGAAUGAUGAGGGCAUUCCUAGCAUUUGGCUGCGACCAGAUUGAGUCAGGUGUUGAUGUGACAAGCCGUUCAUGGAAGAAUGUCUAAACAAGCUGUGGAUGGUAGUUUUGCAGAAUGAACUAAUUUCCACAAUCCUAUGCUUGUAUAUUCUCAAUUUACUAACAAGGAUUAUAUCCUAGAAAAGGUAAUCAUUCUAUCUUAAUUUACAGUAAGAUAGCCUGGGUAACUGCUGGAAAUUGUUUGAUGCACGAGCUGGUGGAUUUCUAGGAACUCAUUUUUUAAGCGCAUCUGUUGGAAUUGAUUAUAAAAUUUAUGAAGAUUGAUUUUUUCUUCUGA